AUGACAGAAGUCAAAAAAGAUGAUAUUGUUAAAAUUCUUCAUAGUUAUCCGUUCUGUCGAAAAAGUGACAUGUCUGAUGAGAUGAAGCAAGAAGUGAUGGAAUUAUGUGUCACAGCUGCUGAAAAAUAUGCAGACAAUUACGAAAGUGUUUCAAAAAUGAUAAAAGAGACGAUGGACAGAAAGUUUGGGGCUUCCUGGCACACCGUAGUAGGAGAAGGAUAUGGAUUUGAAAUAACCUACCAGCUCAAACACUUGCUUUACAUGUACUGUGCGGGAAAUUUAGCUAUUUGUAUAUGGAAAUCAGCUUAA